CAUGAUUUUUACGUAAAGUUGACUACCGGUCCCCCCUUAAGAACAUUUGUACAAUGUAGAAAGCUAGUCACUAAUUUUAAGUGUUGUAUAAACAAUUCUUGAUUUUUAAUCGUCCUAAUUUAAAUGCUGUGGAUCAAGGUAAUCAAUUUUAUUUGUAAAAGAUUCAAAUAUAUGUUACAGUUUUUAAUUUUAUGAUUUUGUAAUUUUCCUUAAGGCUUGAGCAAAACUACUGUUCUGAACAGUUAUUUUAAUGGGUGGUAGGGAUGUGCUUAUGGCCUGGAAAAAAAGGGUGGGGGGGCAAGUGUAAAAAAAUGUAAUAACCACUACUUUAAGGGUAAGAUUAAGACCUAAUAAGAUCUGCCAACUUUGGCCAUUCAAUGUUAGUGUCAGUAUUUUAAUUUAAAAAAACUAGAAAGAAUGUUGGUGACAAAUUGAGUUACAGAUAUUGAAGAAAAGUGAAAGGGAUUUGUAAACACAAUUUUCUUAUUAAUUUCUUAUCAUGUUUUUUUUUCUUCAUACCUGCUGUACAUUGAGAUGGCAUGCAUCACUUUUCCUAUGUUGAAUGUUCCUAUAAUCAAAUUCACUUGAUCAUCAAUAAGAAUCUUUUAUUUUUACUCUAAAUGGAUCCUAACUGGUAACAUAUUUCAGAAAAAGUCAAGAUGGCCUUACCCCAGCCCAUGCCGCCUGCCACAUGGGUAAUGUGCGUUUGCUUGGAAAAUUAAUUGAGGCUGGUGGAGACCUCCGUCUUCAUGAUAACGAUGGAAGGGGAAUGAGGGACUGGGCCGUGCUAAACCCCGAUGCAAAGAGUCGAUUACGAAUGCUGCAGUUUUUAGAUAAGACACAUGUGUAUGCCAUGACCUUUAGUGGUGAUGCUGUAAGCAUUGACAGAUUCACAUCUUAUGCUCGCAGGUAG